UCUCUCUCUCUCUAAACCUCUUGUUCCACCCCGGCUUCAUUGAUCUUUACGAACUUUACGAAUAAAACGACCUUUUAGUUUCUUUCCCCAUGGUACAAACACACGUAGGACGUGUGGUGAAGCUUGACCUGGCCUCUGUACUAGCCCAACCCAAUCCUCAUCUUGACCUCAGGCUUGAGGCCUACGAAACAUCCACGCGUAAUUUCCUGAAAGCGGUCUCUAACUACACUCAACGCGCCGUCACCGAAAUUACACAUAGGAAGAAUAACUAUGUAACUACCAAGUCCAAGGUUGCGGAGAAGUCAAAGCAACUGGAGCAAGAGACAAACCAAUGCAAGGUGAAGGAAUUAGAAUUGAUGAAAGUUCUUGAGAAAGAGCAGGAGGAAAGGAAGGAAGCCGAGGUUUCUGUUGCGGCCUUCCGCCGACAACUUGCAUCCAUCAAGGAGAAGUGUGCCUCGCUCGACGCCGAAAUUGAGCAGCAUCGAGCAAUAGUACAGAAUCUCAGACGCGAACGGGAACGGGAACGCUCUUUGCUGCACAAAUAUGCCUCGCACGUGUCCCCCGAAUUGGCAGAGAUCGAACGAAGAACGCAAUGCGUUAUGGAAGGGAUAGACAAAGACAAGAUUCUUGUUCGCUUUACCCACGUCGACCCGUCAGACCUACAUCGAGAGUUCAGUUUCGUUAUAGACGUUUCCUCCAAAGUUUACAAAGUGCCAACAACAAGCCCCUUCCUGCCAACGCUACCCAUACUUCUGGAUGAGUUGAACGAGUCAAGAGAUAUAUACUCCUUCAUCAAACAGGUUCGCCAAGCGUUCGAACAUCUAGUCACUCAAGGACGAUGACAGGCGCAGACUGCAGGGGCGUCGUAAUUUAUGCCGCGUUGACUUAUUCCAUAUUGAUCCCAAGUACUGUUUGACUCACAUUGUAUUGCACUUCUCCAGCACGAACGAUCUUGAUUGUAAUUUACAUCAGUCGAAGCGGUCGGAGUUGAUGACUUCGACAGCUCGGAUUCGAUCUCAAGUUGGCUACAGAGCGUGCCUUCCAAUCCGCAGAGUGACACUGAUUUUUCGAGCAGGAUCACUUGUAGACUGACGCGUAAUUUGCUGAUGAUAUUCCUAAGACAUCGAAUGAAUCUACGCCCUCGAAUCUC